UAUGCUUUCAGCUGAUAUUUACUAGUAAAAGUGGCAUCAGAACCGGAAUAAAAAAUAAACACUUAUUGAUCAUGGAAGCCGAUGUUAUUGUAAAUCAUUUAAUAAAUGUUUUCUAAAGUAUUUAACUGUUCUUAUUGUUGUUGUUGUUUAUACUAAGUUGUUAUUAUAGAUAUUUAGGACAUUACUUGUUGAAACGAAAUAAUUUGGACUUCAAAAAAAUUUUAGUAGCUAGUUUUUGUUUUAUAUGCUGUUAUCUAAUAGAACUUUUCUAAACAUUUCGAUAUCAUCCUUUUAAAUAAGUAUUUGAUAAACAUUUAGUGUGAUAAAUAAACAAAAUAUGUCUUUUGCUGUGUGUGUAAAAAAUUUUGAUUCGAAAUAUUCCAUUUAUUAUCGAAGUUUCUGCUGACAUACUGUGUAUUUAUGUAAAUAUUACAAUUAUCUAACAUUGUUAAACAUGGCUAGUGAUAUUAAUAGUGAUUCAAGUGGAAGUGAUUCUGGUUCAACUCCAGAAGAGGAAAGGAUUCGUCGUCUCUUUCAAACAUGUGAUGGAAAUGGAGAUGGUUAUAUUGAUAGCCAAGAUCUUUUAGCUGUCUGUCGACAGCUGAAUCUUGAACAUUGUGUUGGAGAAAUUAUGGAACAACUUGGAGCUGAUGAACACGGCCGUAUAUCGUACAGUGAAUUCCUAAGACGAAGAAUGCAACUUAUAAAUGAAAUAAAUGCCCUUACUUUACAGGAGCAAGUGAGGGAACAUGAAUCAAUUCAUAGUAGCAUUGGUAGACAUUCCAUAACAAUGCAACAAGCCUCUCCUGCACCUGAGAGUAGUAGUACUGGUAAUUGGCCCACUAGCAGUGACAGUCAAGGUAGUCAUGGUGCUAGUGGUAAACAUGAAAGCUGGGAGUUUGAUUCUGGAGCUCGUGAUUUAAGUCCUGAGCCCAAUACCCUACAUAAAUUAAUAGAAGCAGCUGGAGGCACUAUAUCUGGAUGCAGUAAUGAUUUGUUGGAAUUAGCAAACAAAUUACACCUUGCAAAAUUGGAUUCAUUAAAAAGUAAAAUAACAGAGCUUACAACUAUAAUUCAACACACAGCUCAAGAAAGGGAUGAUCUUGAAAGGCAAUUAAAUAAAGCUCAGUUAAAUAAAUGGAGGCUAGUUCGAGAACAAGAAGACAGAUUAGCUCAGCAAGCUCAAAGAUAUGAAGAAAGACUUACUGAACUGACAAGUGUGAUAGCAGAAUUGAACAAAAAAUUACUUGCACAAAGAGCCAAUGUGAUAAAAGAGGAAGAUGAAUGCAGUCAACAAUCUAACGAAGAAUCACGGCAAAGUGAAACACCAAGUCACUGCACAAGCAACGAUAAUAAUGCGACAGAGUCCUGUUCUGAAAGAGAACUUUCUAGAUUUGGUGGUGAAGAAGAUUCUAGAAAUGAAAUUUCUCGCACAAUUUUACAAGAUGGAGAAGAAGCUAGCAGUGGUUUGGGAGACAAUGAAAGCUCUGAUGAUAGACCAAUUCAGAAUUGCAGAGAGAGAGAGCUAGAAGAUUUUAAAGAAAACAGAGCAACAUCAUGUCACAGUCUUCAGUUAUCACAGUUGCAGGAAGAAGUGAUUGUUUUAAGAGCUGAAAAUGCUGCUUUGCAAGAACAGCUGGCGAGGCAGGAGUCUGAGCUUGGCCAAACUAGAGCAAUACUCAUUGGCUGUAGAGAAGAUAGGGAUAGGUGUCAAAGAAGAGUUCGUGAAAUGCAGUCAAAACUUGCUAGUCUACAAUCUCAAAGCUCGCAGGGCUCUCAAACCGGUAGUUCUCCGACUAGAAGUAAAAGCCCACAUAUCAAUCCUACAACAGGAGAGAGAACUCCCACCUCUCGAGAAGAUGUUCCUAUAGCAAAAAUGGCUGAACGGGUGAGGCUGAAAAAAGUGGAGAGCGGUGACCGUCACAUAUUAGGCUCUGAAAUAUCAAGUUUAGGACUCUCGACUACAAAAAUGGCUGAACAUCUUGCCCAAAAUGUUCAUGAAGAAUCACAUGCUCAGGAAAUUUUUCAGACUUUAUUUUCUACUGGUUCUCCGGUUCCUGAAAACAAGAUUAAAGAGUUUGAAGUGGAAAUGGAAAGGUUAAAUAGCCGUAUUGAGCAUUUGAAGUCCCAAAAUGAUCUCCUAAAUCUAACUCUUGAUGAAAGCAAAGGACAUUGUGACCGACUCAGUGUUUUGAUAGGAAAAUAUGAAUCGAAUAAUACGGCCCUUCAACUUGCUUUGUCUUACAGUGAUCAAGCUAUUGAAACAUUCGAAGUAUUACUUGCUUUGUUGGAAGCUGAGCAAGAUCUUUUGCGAGCAAAUUGCAAGGCUGUUGGUCUAGUCAAAUCUGAAGAUGAAAAUCAAAAGAACAUUAUGGAUCUUUUAACCAAAUCUCAGGAGAAUAGGAAAGCUUCUGAAAACGUUGCCAAGCAUUUUCUGCAGAAAUUGGAUCGAAGUUACGGUAUCUCGUCUAGAAUGGGUGCUUGUCAUCUUAGCCCAUGGGAAGAUCUUUCUUCUCAUAGUCACACGACAAGUACCUCUAGUUCCGUGUCCAGUAGCUGUGAUAGUGGUGUAGAGUUCACUAAAGUGGAUGAGCGUAGACUCAGGGACUAUAUCAUUCAGUUGAAGAAUGACAGGUCUGCUGUGCGGACCACUGUAGUUGAGCUGGAGAGUAUCCACAUUGAUCCCAUUAACAAAGAUCCACCAACAAUAAUAGAUGCUCAAAAGCUGGAUUUGGAAAACGCCGUCCUCAUGCAAGAAUUGAUGGCCAUGAAAGAAGAAAAAGCUGAAUUGAAAGCUCAAGUUUACCUCCUAGAAAAAGAAAAAACUUCAUUAGAACUUCAACUCAGUAGUAGAGAAGCUCAGGAGCAAGCAUAUAAAGUGCAAAUUGAAAAUUUUAAAAGUGAACUACAAGAACAGUCUGAAAUGGUAGAAAGGUUACAAUGUUCAUCAAAUCAUAAAGGUGUUCUGAGUGCAAGUGAUAGUGAGAAACUGAAUGAAUCUUCUGAAAAAGUAAAUAAAUUGAAAGCUAGAAUUCAAGAAUUAGUGCAGACAAUGGAGAAAGUAACUAAAAACUCAGAAAUGAGUGCCCAACAAUCUGUUGAAUUUGUUAAUGAUUUAAAGCGUACUAAUAGUGCCUUGGUGAUUGCCUUUGAAAAGGCAAAGAAAAAACAACAAACUAAAGUUAAAAAACUAGAAAUGCAAAUGAGUUCUCUAACUGAAAGACAUAAUGCUCAGGUAAGAAUGUUAAAGCAAAGAAUAGCGAUGUUAGAAAAUGAAACUGGUCAUCGUGUUCUACAAACUUCUAAUUCUGAUCUUCCUAUGUGAACUUCUCAUUGUGAGGCUUUAUACUGAAGCCUCUUGAAUAUUUACACAAACUGCCAAGUUUAGGUGGCACUACACUGACCAUCCAACAGUCGCAAUACUGCAUUUCCUCAAUGUGAUUCUACCUUGCGUUCAGUCUUCCCAUUUGUUAUGUUUUGUCCUGAACCAAUAUGUUUUACCAAAUGUGAUACUCAUUAUGUUUAUUACUGUAAAUAUUUUUUUAAUCGAUUCAUUUAGAAAGAAAAUGGGAUGGAUUCUAAAAAUCAUAGUUUUUUUUAAAAAAAAAAAAUUUAUUCUGGUUUACUUUGCUUCAAAUGUUGCUUCAAGUAAUGGAAAAAUGAAUUCCUCUCAGGUCCAAGUUCAGACUCCUUUUAUUUUGCGUGUUCAAUCUUGUUACAUUUUUAAAGAUAAAUUUCAUAUAUAAAAUUUAUGUUGUUCACAAUUUGGUCAUAUUAGUAAUAUGUGAGUCGAUACUUAAAUGAAAGAGUAAAUAGUAUUUUAAAAAGAGGGAACUUUCUUCUUCCCCAAAAAAUUAUUUUUAACGUAGUAAAAUUUGGUUGUGAAAAUAUGGUUUUAAGUAUUGAAAACCAAUAUGAAUUAUAGUUUCAGGAUUAAAGUAUCUACACCCGAAAUGAAAUUUCUUCUUCCAAAUGUCGUUAUUUUUUAUUCUUUUUCUUUUGAAAAAAUGAGGCAAACUGCUCUAGAUUCAUUGAGCAAAAGGUACAACUUUGACAUAAUUUUGUGCCGAAUUUGA